GAGUCAUCGAUGACAGGAAUCUGCGGUGCCCUCUCGCGUAUAUCACGUCAAAUCUCAACACAAGCCAUUCUCAUUCUGCCCCAUUGCUUGUUUCUCGCCAUAGCCAGGCACACUUCUCCCUACAACCGUCGUACCCGUGACUUCAAACAAACACACUAUAGGCAGCCGUCGCCUUCCCUGCCUGACAAGGCAUCCCUAAGGCAGCCGCUGCGGAAACACUUCGCAGCCUUGGAGCAUCUCGUGCAUCGACCACCAGAGACGUAAUACCCUCACUACUAGUAAUAGUAGACACCAGGGAGCCCACCCUCCACGAUGACAGCACCCUCUAGCAAGUGCUUCGACGAGGGAAAGUUCCCCUCGUCCUCCUCCUCCUCCUCCUCCUUCUCCUUCACGCGCUUCCGCCGCCUCUCCGCCUCCCACGCCCCUCGGAAGCCUCUCGGCCGGCGCUUCCCGGCUCCGCUCCGCACCGCCGCCAUGACCGGCCUCGGCGCCGUCUCCCUCGUCGCCUUCGUCGCCUUCGUCGUCGCAGCGAUUGCUCUCGUACCUCUCCCCUCCCACGCCGCCAUCCCCGCCGCGGCCGCCGCCGCUGCUGCUGCUGUUCCGCUGCAUCGCCGCGUGCACUCCCGUCGCCUUCAGUCCACGAGUGCGACUACUAGUGCCAGUCGAGACGUCGCAUAUCGCGCCAACUUGGAGUCUCGAGUCGCCGCUGCUCUGACUUACUCCCUUCUCGACGACAGUCCCGCCGCUGGCCAAUCCGGAGCCGCCACGCGUCGCAGGAUGAUGGCCGGGACGCUUGUGGUGGGCAACGAGACGAUCCUCCUGGUGCCGGAUCGGACGGCCAGGAGGGACCCGCUGAACGGGCUGCGCACGUACAGCGGAGGGUGGAACCCCACCGACAGCCACUACUGGGCGUCCGUGGGAUUCACGGUAUCGUUCGGCCCGUUGAUCGGCGUGGCGUGGCUGCUGCUGGGGCUGGGCAUUGUCUUCGGCGUGUGCUGCACGUGCUGCUGCUGCCACGAGCGCUGGAGCCGCAUGCGCAGCCAUGACUACCGCCCCUAUACCAAGAAGGACCUCACGCUGCCCCUGGUGCUAAUGAUCGUCGGCCUCGUGGGCCUCGUCGUGGGCAUCGCGUUGAUGCUGGCGGGCGGCAUCAUGUUCCGCAGCACCAUGCUGGCCAUCACGGACCACGCCAUGGAGCAGGUCGACCGCGUCGCCGGCAUCGUCUCAAACGUCUCCACCGCCGUCGCUGCCCUCUCCAGCACGCACGUCGCCAACGCCGCACUCCCCACAAACAUCACAUCGAACGUGACGGCCAUGGCGAACCAGGUGAACCAGACGGCGGUGGAGAUGCAGGGCCUGCUGGACCAGGGCUCCUUUUUCGUGAACACCUCCGUGCUGCUCAUCUACCGCUUCAUGUUCGGAGUGGGCAUGACCAUCGCCCUCCUGUGCGCCCUGGGAUUCGUCUUUGCCCUCCUUCGCAUCGUGGUGGUAACGAAUAUCAUCCUCUUCUUCCUGUGGUUCUCGGUCUUCUGGGCAUGGAUUGCCACCGGCAUAUUCUUCACCACAUACAUCGUGGAGGGCGAUUCAGUGGCGGCGCUGCAGCAGGUGAUGCUCAACCCAUCGGUCAACAGCGCCAUGAGCCGCUACCUGCCGUGCGCCAACCACAGCGACAUGCAGAGCGUGCUCACCACCGCGCGCUCCGCCCUCUUCACCUCGCAGACCUUCAUCAAAUCCGCGCUCGAGGACGGAUACCCUCAGGUGCUGCAAGCAGCAGGAGCGUCGUCGGUGUGUGUGCCGUACGCCCCGCCCCAGUACACCCCGAACCCCUCCAUCUGCGAACCUGGCUCGCUCACCCUCACUCAGCUCUCUAAGAAGCUGAAUCAGUCCGGGGGCUCGGGUUUGCCCCCGGAGGUGGUGUCGGACCUGACAGCAGUGCUGGCGAAUACGGAGCGCCUGGAGGGCACCCUGGACAGCGUGCAGACCAUCCUCGACUGCGCAUAUAUCAAGAACGUCGCACAGUUCAUCAUAGAUCAGGCGUUCAAGCUGGAGAGCAACCUGCGCCUGGUGUGGGUGGGCUUCCUCGUGCUGGCCGUCGCCUGCAUGCUCUUCUCCGGCGCCAUGCCCACCUACGCCUUCCGUGCCUCGCGCCUCAUGCCCGAUGGGAAAGCCGAUGGCCUCUAUGUGGCACAGCCCGUGCCGUACUAGUUUGAUUGUCCGACCCUUCAAGAAAGGUUUCUCCGGUGGAAGAGUUGGAUCUGUAAGCAGCUGCAGCGGACCAGAGACCCCUGAAAAGGGUAAUAAGCAGAGCUGCCAAGUCAAGAUGGCCAGAAGGGCGGUAGCAGAAACUUUUAUUUUGUUGCUGGUGCCAUUUUGCUUAGUUGCCUGCAGAGAGGGGUUGGUGUGGUUGCUUGCCAAUUUCCACGGGUUUCUCUUUUCAUAGAGCAGUGCAAAGGCUGUGAAAAAUGCGCUUUUUGUCUUAAGGUUCACCAUUCCCAGCUGCCUCCACCCAAGGCCUUGUCCCAUCCUCUUCACCUCACAAAGCCUUGUUUAGCCACAAGGUUGUAUGUGUUGGAAAUAUCUCAAAGGACUUAAGCGUUUCUGAAGUAUAACACUGCACUCGAGGAAGACUACAGGGGAGCACGCGAGUCAACGGAGGUUGCACGAGGGGGCGG